AUGACUACCAUCGUACCAACGAUUCAACCUUCUCUUGACUUUGCUGCUCAGAACGAUCAAUUAUGGAAAAUUAUUGAGAAACAACGACUCAUCAUUCAGAAUCUCCAAAAGAGCUUGGUAAAAGUGACAGCCGAACGCGAUAAUCUCCUGAAAAAGUCUCGAAAUCAUGACCUGGACGAUGAGCUGACAAGUACAAUUAUACCUGAAGUUGAUAACAAUCACCAUCACAUUGAUAAUCUCGAAAGGUCUUCUUUGAGCUCGUCAUCUGAGUCCCUUCAACAGCCCGCUACUUACCCCGAAUUCUCGGAGGCAAUACUUCUAGGGCCCGUACCCCCUCCAAGAUCUCCUUAUCGUCAAAAUUCGUCCAAAGAUGUCCAUAACUCAACCAUUUUACACCCUAAUACUCCUUCUGCUCCUGCUCCUGUUACUUUUCCCGCUCUUGCUCCUCCUACUCCUUCUGCUCAUCAUCAUAAUCAACAACAACAACAACAACAUAAUAAUAAUAAUAAUAAUAAUAAUACUAAUAUUAGUACCUCCUAUAAUUCAACCAUACCAUCAAACUCUAAUUAUCAACAAAACCUUACUCACGACAAAGAUACUCAGCCCCACCCUGUUAAUCAAACACACGCCAAUAGACCAGCGCCUCUCAAAUUAACUUUAUCUCACACCAUUGCCGCUACAACAAACACCUCCACCUCCACCUCAACCCCCACCUCGACUUCAACCUCAACCUCAACUACUACUGCCCCUUAUUCUUCUCAUUCACAUCAAAGCAACCAUCAUACGAGAGAAAAAACCGCUAAUGACCAUGCUUACACACCUACAACAGCCGGGCAUGAGUAUUCGCAUAAUAUAGUACCUGCACACUACAAUGCUCUCACCGAAGAUACUGAAUCCCCCGCCUACAAUGUGUCUUGCGACAAAGACCUUCGGGCGAUUACAAAACCACAGGUUUGCUCUUCAAGAAAUGAGGACCCCGACGGGCUAUCAUACUCAUCGCUCGUACACGAAAAGCCACAAUUCCUUGCACAAGUGCAUAAACCACAGCGACCUGCAAGAGUACAUCAAGAUCACAGUUCAGGCUCUGUUCGUACUCUGGUUGGACAAGAGCUCGCUGCAUACGCUCUUCCGUCUCCAAUGCCUUUUAUGAGCCCUGAGGUACAUGGCACUUCUGUUGUACAACACAAUUCAUCCGUGGAUGAGGAUCGAUUCAACCGUACCCAACCGAAUGAAUUUAGGAGAGAUUUUGAUGGAGAAACACUAGUUAGUACUUCAGGAAUCAUUCUUUCACCAACAGCGAUGUCAGUACCGAUAACAACAGCGGCAUCAAUGGCAGCAAUGGCAAAGACAGUAACCAAACCAUUACCAAAAAACCCUUUCUUUUCAAAUAUGGCUGGUAUUUCUGUAAAAGUGGUUGGAUCAAGCAUAAAAACAAACGAGAAAGGAAAAGAAGCGGUGUAUUUUAUUAUUGCGGUUAUCAAGACACCUGAUUUCUCAAGCAGCACAUCCGAAGAGCUUUGGAGAGUAGAAAAGCAGCAUUCAGAUAUAGUGACAUUAGAUUCACAGUUGAAACUUCAGGUUCGGUCUGCAGCACAGAGAAUUGGUAAACUUCCGGACAAAGCACUCUUUUCUACCCAUGCACCAAACAAAGUGGAUCAAAGAAAGAUUGCAAUUGAAAAAUAUUUACAGAAUGCUAUCAAUGUAUCAGUUGAUGAUUCCAAUUGGCUUUGCGAAUUCCUUAGCACAAAUGUAGUCACUGACCAACGGCAUCCUUCUCAUCCUUUAGGACACAAGUACGGAUACUUGACCAAACGCGGGAAAAACUUUGGUGGAUGGAAAACAAGAUAUUUCUCACUUGAAGGUCCUGAACUUCACUAUUAUGAUGGAAAAGAUGGUCCUCUUCUUGGUACAAUCAGAUUAUAUAGUGCGCAAAUUGGUCGUCAAACCAGUGCGCCACAAACUGGAACAGACUCUUCUAGUGACAACAGAUCAUUUAGACACGCCUUUUUGAUCUUGGAACCAAAGAAAACAGCGCCCAAUGGUGUCAAUCGCCACGUGCUCUGUGCUAGCUCUGAUGCCGAAAGAGAUCAGUGGGUAGAAGCACUUGCCCAGUAUGUCAAUCGGCAAAAUGCCAGUAGCGAAGAAGAGAAUAUAAAGCGAAACAAUAACCAGAAAGCCAGCAAGAAAGGAGACAAAGCACGCAAGGCACGGAGCAGUGAUACAGUCCCAACAGUACCAACAAACACCAAGAAAACAUCGUAUUUACCACGAUCUAGCUCAGACACAACCUUAUACCCUUCCGAAUCAUUAUCACCAUCUGAUGCUACUAGUAGUAAUACACUGACCAGCAUACGAGAAAAGGAUAUACAGGCCUUGCGGGACCGAUCGAGUGCUGACCACGUCCUCUUUGGUCAGAGACAGCAGUUCUCAAAGCGCAAUUCGAUUAGCUUUCCUCCAAGAGAAGGCACAGACGAACUCUUCCGAAGCUCGGACUAUCUGUCGCAAAUCAGUACCACAUUUGAUGGCAACAACCCAAGGCCAUUCUAUAGAUCAGGAACCACCGAUAGCUCUGUAGAGCAAGAUGCAAAAAAGGCAAAGCAGAUGAUUAACCGACGCACAUUUUGGGGGAAAAAGAUAUUCUCAAGUUCUUCUAAUGAAGUCCUUCAGACCGACAUUUUUGGUACAGCCGCACCAGAUUCGGCAUCCUCGUUAGGAUCAGCGUCAGUAACGACAGCAACAACGAUGGCAGCAACAUUAACAGCACCAGCAGCAAUAACUUCGCCGUCGACAUCAUCCUCGACUGCAAACUCAAACACCAAUCAAUCUGGUGGCUUACGCGGACUACUUUCCCGUAGUUCGAGCGAAACAGCAGAAAGAGCAAUGGCUGACAAUAAAAUGUCAAGUACAGAGAUGUUUGGUAAACCUUCAAGGCCCGUAUUUGGCGUACCUUUGGAAGAAGCAGUUCGUAUUUCCAGGAUAUCUGAAAAAUAUGAACUUCCUGCCAUUGUCUAUCGCUGUAUAGAAUACCUUGAGGCAAAGGAUGCAUUUGAAGAAGAAGGAAUAUAUCGUCUUAGUGGCAGUGCUGUGAAGAUUAAAAGUUUGAAAGAUCAAUUUAAUCAAGAAGGAGAUAUCAAUCUUCUCGAGUCAGAAGAGUAUCAUGAUCUUCACGCUGUUGCUGGUCUACUUAAGAUGUGGCUCCGUGAACUUCCGGGAAACAUUCUAACAUCAGAGCUCAUGAACGACUUUAUGUUGGUGAUUGAUGUGAUCGAUCGCAAUGAAAGGAUUACUGAACUUGGAAGACUUGUGUCCUUGUUACCCUUGGCGAACUACACUCUUUUGCGAACCCUAUCUGCUCAUCUCGUACGGGUAGUACAAAACGCCGAAAUAAAUAAGAUGAACAUGCGAAACAUUGGAAUUGUCUUUUCUGCAACGCUCGGAAUCCCUUCUGGUAUAUUUCAUCUACUUCUGACCGAGUUUAGCUAUGUAUUCUGGACAGUUAAUAUCAAUAACGACGACGACGACAACGACAACGAUGACUCUUUAAUCACAGGUGGACAAUACAAUUACAAAUCUAACGUACCACUGUACCAGCAGAAUAAGGAUCUAUAUGGAUUAUCUUCCGCACAGCCUGAGUUGACUUUGAUAGAAGACUCUUCAAAACUUCACAUCUCGCGAAGUAUGGCUGAAGAGACUAGCCGAAGUAACCGAAAUAGUAGAAGUUAUAUGGAUGGUGCUCCACAAAUUAUUGUGGGACUAGAAUCACAGAUCGAGUUGAUCGGACCAUUACAAAUUGAAAAUAAUGACAUUUGUCUUGACUUGUCUGAUUUUGACUGUAGCGAGAAUAGCGGCGUAUCAGGAAAGAAAUUUGACUUUUUCAAGGAUGUUAUAGAAGCUGGCUUCCCAAGUAGCAGACAAACUGUACACAAUAUCAGCGAUCUUACGGGAACGACAUUUCCUAGUGGGGCACGACACUUCUAUCUAACCGGACUAAUCAAUUGUGGCUACAUGUCCGGGGCCCGGUGUCUUUCUCUAAACCUUCAGGGCAAAAUGGGUGUCGACCCAGGUAUAACUGGCUUGAUGACCGCCGUGGACUCUUUGGAAGAUCAAAAACGACAAAUAGUAGUGACCCUCAAUGAAUAUUAUCAUAUUUGUGGUUAUUGUUGUAUUUGUGAUACUUUGAUAUCUGAUAUCAUGUACGAACCCAUACAGAAGUACCUGUCAAAGAGGUCGUUAUAA